ACCACCGCGGGCGCUUAUAAGGAGCUCCUGCACGUUCAAACGUUCAACCGAAUCAACGUACGACUUGCCAGUGUACGCUUUGGCUGACAGCGAAGUUUACGUUCAACGCCAUUCAGGGCUUCUCAGGCAUUGUACUACCUCUUCGCCAACGCGACAUCAACUCUAUACGCCGCUACGCGAACUUGCCAGUGGUGACUCUGCUCAUUCAAGUUAUUUGCAGUCCGUUCCUCCGACCAACAGACGCACCGAGCUGAGGCACGCCCCCAGUUCAGGCCAUGUCUGAUCGCUGCGCCGCCAAACUCUCUCCUGAGCCCUCUACGCCUGGCAUCCGCGAACCCCUGGUCACCGUCAAUGAUCUCCCGGCAGAUGUCCUCCUCCUUGUUUUCUGUGCCGUGCGCGAUACCGAGUCACACUGCACCCCAUGGGCCCUCGCUUCCGUCUGUCACACAUGGCGAGAGCUGGUGGAGAACGUGUCUUCCUUUUGGACGCGCUUGGUCAUCUGGGUCGACGAGCCCAACGGCCCACUGCCGCUCGCGAGAAUCCGUAAAUACCUCGCCUGCUCGCGAGAGCUCCCGAUCGACAUCUUCAUCUCGCGCAGGCGCGAGUGGCAGCCACCCAUGGGGACGGAUCACGAGGAGAAGGCUCGAGUAAAGGCUAUCAUGGACGUGCUGGCUCCGCAUAUGAAGAGGUGGCGAAGCCUUCUCUUGCGACUUCUCCAUUCCGACUCACUUCCCCUUCCUCGUAUCGACCUCGUGGGACACGCGGACAAGCUGAAGAUACUCAGCCUCGACUCCAUCAUUGACGACUCAGCCGCGAGCGACGAGGCCGCCUCGCCUAUAACUGGCGAAUUUCACACCCCCGAACUCACUGAGCUCUUCAUGAAGGGUGUACACUUCCGCGAAGUGUACGUGAAGCCGUGUCUUCAAAUGAGUCAAUUCCCACCGCCACCGACGCUCCAGAGCAUCUGCAUCUCAAAAUACGAGUCGCACCACCCGCCUUUCCCACUCGUCGACCUCCUGCUAUGUCUUCUGCAUUGCGUGAUGACUCACCUCCGGCUCGCUGAUCUCGCACUGGAUUGCUCCUAUACUGGACCACCUAUCCUGGAGACGACGUACACACGGCUUGGCAGCGUCGCAUUCUUCGAUAUCACAGGCAACGUCCUCGCGGAGUUUCAUCGACUGCUCAGUCACCCUGUAUUUGCCAAGGUGUCGUACACUCGGUGCUCGAAGGAUGACAACGCCAUCCUUGGGGCCUCAUAUUCCCUCGACAUAGAGGGGAUCACAGACGCCAUGACGCUCCUGAAGCUCCUUCUGAGCGCGGUGCGGAGCCCGCACUUGUGUUAUGAAGUAUCGUUCAAAGAUUGCGACGGCCUAAGCUCGGAGGUUAUGAAGCCGCUUUCCCGUCCCUUCGCCACGCCUCAUGGAGAGCAAUGGCCCGCCUGCCCAUAUAUCAAGGCGCUGACAUUUCAAGGAUGCAAGCGUUUCCACAGCUCGGCCCUGCGUUCGCUCUUGCAAGCGCGCUACGACGCACACGCAGCGUCCGGCUCCGUUGGGGAAGACGAACCCGGAUUUAUGGUAUCGGCGGUGAAAGAGCUAUACGUGACCGACUGUUGCGAGCUCGCGCAGGAGGAUCUGGAGUGGUUUGACCGCCACGUUGCUGUUGUUCGUUGGGAUGAUUGGACCGGAGGAUACGAUCGUCGCUCCUGAACUUCCAGCAGAUGUGGAGGGUCUAUGUAUGUCCCUUCGCCCGAUCACGAAGCCGGGAGUGCCCAGAACUCGUUUGUUCCCUUUGUCGCUUGUGG